AACACUCGUGCCAGACUAGUCUUAUGAGAGGAUUCAUGGAGAGAGGGAACAUGUGGACUAUCCUGGCUGGCGCCAUUACAGGACUCGUCGGUGCCACAUACCUCGGUAUCAAAUACUGGUCGCCAUGGAUCAAGUAUGACCUACAGUUUUUCUGGACUGUUAUCUUUAAUUAUUUAAUCCCAAUGUCAAAAGAUAUCAAAAGAGGCAGGCUCCCAAUCAACCGAUUUGAAGAAACUGUGAAGAAGCACCGGGACAAAACAAUGCUUGUUUAUGAUAAUAAAACAUUUACAUACAACGAAGGCAACGCCAGAUCAAAUAAAUUUGCCAAUGCUGCUCUAAGUCUUGGUUUGGAGAGAGGAGAUGUUGUAGCUAUUGUCUUGGCAAACGAACCCGAUUUUAUAUGGACAUUUUUAGGUUUGCAGAAGAUAGGAGUUCAGAUGGCCUUCAUCAAUUUUAAUCUCCGAAAUGAAUCAUUAGUUCAUGUUAUUAAAGUUGCAGAACCAAAAAUGAUAUUUAUUUCUAGAGACACCGAUCUUCAAAACCCGGUUUCUGAAAUCCUCCAGGAGCUACAUGGAAUACCUGUUUAUCAUUUUGGAGAGUCAAGAGAUUCAAAUUUCAUUCCAAUGGACUCAAUUAUUGAAAGAUCAUCAAAUGAAAAUGUCGGCGAAGACAUUCGUAAAUGCAUCAGAAUGAAAGACAACAGUCUUUACAUUUAUACCUCUGGAACAACAGGUCUACCGAAAGCUGCAUACAUUCCAAAUGAAAAGCUUGUAAAAGGUGCCUGGAGUAUGGCCAUACAGAAUCUCUGUCAGGAUGAUAUUGUGUACACCGCUCUUCCACUGUACCACUCAUCUGCUUCUCUUAUUGCUCUUGGCAAUGUGCUACGAACGGGGGCAACUUUGGUUCUCAAAAAGAAAUUUUCUGCCUCUCGGUUUAUCAGCGACUGUCGAGAACACAAUGUUACAGUGGUACACUACGUUGGUGAACUUCUUCGAUAUGUGGCCGCAACACCUCCAAGUAGUUCUGAUACAAACCACUGCAUCCGAUGUGCCUUUGGAAAUGGAUUAAGAAAAGAUGUUUGGAAAAUUAUGCUAGAAAGGUUCAAAAUACCACACAUAUACGAGUUUUAUGCAGCUACUGAAAUGCCUGUAGGACUUGCAAACAUAAACAACAUUGUUGGAGCUGUUGGACGCAUGUCGCCACUCCUAAAAUUUUCUCUGCCGUGUGAGUUCGUGCUAUAUGACAAGGAAAACGAAGAUGUAUUGAGAAACAAGAACGGAUUGUGUGUAUUGGCGCCAUUAGAAUCUUCUGGAUUGCUGUUAAUAAAGUUAGAUGAAAGGCGUCGGCUGACGUUCGAGGGAUAUAAAGGCAAAGAAUCCGAAAGAAAGAAGAAGCUGGUGUUUAACGUGAUUCGUCAUGGAGAUUGCUACAUUAACACAGGGGACGCAUUUACGCGUGAUAAAGACUACUUUGUCUAUUUUUCUGACAGAUUAGGCGACACAUUCAGAUGGAAAGGAGAAAACGUAUCAACAACAGAGGUCGCUAACAUUUUGAUGGAACUGGAGUUGGUGUCUGAUAUCUGUGUAUAUGGUGUGCGAAUAGGAGAGAAUGAAGGUAAAGCUGGAAUGGCAGCGUUAACUUUGCAAACUCAACCAGAAAACCUCAGUUUAAAAGUAGAACAAUUAAAUUCCAUUGCUGAACACUGUGUCAAACAACUACCUGCAUACGCUAGACCGAGGUUUAUACGAGUUGUAAAGGAGUUCAUAUACACCAGUACCUUCAAACAGAGCAAGCUAAAGUUGAAGGAGGAGGGAUACGAUUUGAAUAAAGUAACCUCUCCUGUAUAUUUUCUGGAUUGCAAGGAGAAUAAUUAUAAACAAAUGACACCAGAGAUACAAAAGGACAUCGACUCAGGGAAAAUUAAGAUGUAAAUUACAAAGAAAUAUAUUUGAAUACGGAGUGCAGAUAAAAUCUUUCAGGAUACAAAAUGUGUGUGUGUGCA